AUGACAAAAGAAGAAGAUACUGAAAACGAUCGACUUAAAUUGAAAGAAGGAGAUAUAAUAGCAAAUGAGUAUCGUGUAGUAUCAGAAUAUCAUCCAGGUAUAUCCUCCAAUGUGUAUCGCUGUGUGAAUAUUAAGAACAACACUGAAGUUGCGAUCAAGUGUUUUAGGAAUAGCGAAAUGUCAUCUACACACUUCAUGAAAUCAAUAGCUUUAUAUAAAAAUCUGCAAAAAAUGAAAGAUUUUAAUGAACAUUUUUGCGAUUUUUUUGCAUGGUUCUAUUUCGAUGAACAUCCUUGCAUUGUAAUAGAAAGAUAUGGUCCUUCGCUAUAUGAUGUUAUGAAAUUCAAUCAUUUUAGAGGCUGGCGCUUAGAAACGAUUAGACAAGUUUUAACUCAAACAAUACAAGCGUUAAUUCUAUUGAGAAAUGCUGGGAAAUUACAUGGAGAUAUCAAAUUAGAGAAUAUUUUGAUAGAUCCAAAUAUUAGAGUAUCAGAAUCCGAUAUUUUUCUUAACACAGGCAAACCACAGCCAAAAUACGUGCAAGUAAAGCUAAUAGAUAUGGAAACGACUCAUAAUUAUUAUCAAUGGGGGAGUGGAACAAUAACAACGAUUUAUUACCGUGCACCCGAGACAAUUCUUGGUAUACCAUGGGGAAGAGAGGUUGAUAUUUGGUCUCUUGGGUGUUUAGCUCUUGAAAUGUGCGUUGGAAAGAUUUAUUUUGCUUAUUCAGAUCUUAGCUCAUUUUUAUUUGCGAUUCAACAUCUAAUAGGUCCUUUUCCAGAUAAAAUGAUUAAUGACUGCACAAUUCCAAUGUUUAAGAGAUUAUUUGAAAAUGGAAUUUUGAAUCCGAAAUAUAUCGGUCAAAAAGAUUAUGAUGAGAUCAAUACUAAAAUUCCUUUAUAUAGAAUUGAUAUGGAUCAUGAUUUGAAGGAUUUGAUCAUGAAUAUGUUAUCAAUCGAUCCACUUGCAAGGCCAACGCUUGAUGAUCUUCUUUUACAUCCAUUUUUAAGGCCACCUGAAUGA